AGUUCGAGAACAUAUGCAUUUACAAAAAGUGCUGUUAUGAUGUGUGCGCCUAUACUAAUAACUAUUAGUCUAUUAUUCGACGACAGUGAAUGAAUAUUGACUGGUAUGGAAUUAGAUGCCUGGGCCGCCUGUGUUAACUAUACAAUCGAUCAUAUACUAACAAAACAAUCGGAGUGGAAAAUAUUUGUCGAAUUCACUGUUCAGUGUAAGAGAUGCUGUUUCGAUAACUGGAGCACGCAAAAAGGGGAACAUGUGCGUUAAUUUGAAAAUAUUCAAUUGUACCAAAUGGUUCUUUGUGAAAUACAUUUUUCUGUUUCUGUGGAUCCUGUCACUGUUUCUGGUGUUCUGUAAGUCAUACAAAUUUUAUUAUGACGAACCGGAGUAUGAACGACUAAAGAAAAUUGUUGGGCAUGGACUCUGCAUUUCACGGGCAACCGCUCCUGUACUGUACUUCCUUGUUGCGAUUUCCAUUUUACCGGUGUGUCGCACUUUCAAUCAAAUCAUCCAUUGCAUCUUAAGACGAAUAUCGACAUUUUGCUUAACAUUUUACUUGGAAAACAUUAAGGUCUUGCACAUGACAUUCAGCAUUGGACUGGUUUUAGUGUCUGUUAUCCAUGCUGUGGCGCAUACAAUAAAUGCAAAAAAUUUCGUACAAUUUUAUGACUGGCAGCAUUUGGAUCUGAACUGGGCAAGGGGGACGAAUGAUUCUUACCUCAGAUUGAUAUUUGCCACACCGACUGGAUUUUCCGGAUGCUUUAUGCUGUUUGCUUUGAUUGUAAUGUGGAUCUCAUCCACACGUCCCAUUCGUCACUAUUACUACAAUUGCUAUUUGGCAUUGCACCAUCUAUUUAUGCUGAUGGUGUUGGUGCUGCUGUACUUUCACUCGUUGGGUUUUUAUUUACUUCUCGCCAGCAAUAUCAUUAAAUUCCAAACCAACGUUGACCUCCCAUGUGCACACGAUGUCAACGCUACUGAUGAAACGUGUCACAACAAGGAACAAUUCUCUUCUGGCGAACAUAGAGGGUGGAUAUGGCCAACGAUUGGCUUGUUCAUAUACUUAGCGGACGCCUUCGUCCGAUUCAUAAAACGAAAUGCGAAUGACGUUGUGCUUCACAAUAUGCAAAAGUUCCCGGGCAAAGCUGUCUUCCUGCGUUUGGGUCUCAAUAAGAGUAAAAUGAACAUACGACCGGGCCAGUAUAUUUUACUGCAGUGCCUGAAUAUAUCUUCAUUGGAAUGGCAUCCAUUCACAGUCACUAAGGUCCCUACCAAAACCGAUCAUACAUUCACCUUGCUCAUCGCAACUCGGGGUGACUGGACAAUGGAACUGUACGGAAAAAUGUCGUCGCGGUUAUGCUUCCAAAAGCAUCAAACCAUCAAAACAUAUCAUAAGCGUCCGCCACUAAAAUUCCUUGUCGAUGGACCAUUUCCCAGCCCAUUGGAGUCGAUAUUUCAACAUAAAAUUACGUUGUGCGUGGCUGGUGGUGUGGGUAUAACUCCGUUUAUAUCGGUACUGAAUGAUUUGCUUUAUAAGUUGCGGAAAGAACCGAGUCGCAUACAUUUGACAUGGGUGGUUACGCAUGUGGAACAGAUUUUGUGGUUUUCGAGUAUUUUUGAGCAGCUGAUGGAAAAGUUGUGGCAACAGAACGCUCCGGAUCGUUUGGACAUUCAACUUUAUGUAACAAAAAAUUUCAACGCCCAAAAAAUUGCUAAAAUCUUCCAUCAAGAGUCUUCGUUUGUUAAAUCCAGAAUACACUCGGGCCGACCGAAUUGGUGCAGUCUAUUCUCGUAUUUGGACUUUCUCUAUCAAAAGCAAGAAGUUGCAGUGUUCAGUUCGGGUCCGAAAAGCCUGAAUGCAGAAAUUCAAAAAAUGUGUCACGAAAAGAAUAAACUUGGCUACAACUACUGGUUUCUACACCAAGGAUUUCAUUGAAAUAUCACAAAUGGAAAACAAAUGAAAAAUUGUAACAACGGCUGACGAGAGGUAUUUGAAUAAAAUUUUGUAAA